AUGUCCGACCUCCGCAACCGCGGAAAGGGCAAGGAAACAGCCUCGACUCCCCGCGACGACUCUCCCGCCAAAGCCGAAGAGGUGCGCCUCGCUCCCGUCUCGAAGAUAACCCACGACGAUGCCGAGAGCUCGCACAAACAUAAGCAGAAGAAAGACUCUCGCAAGCGCCGCAAUGGCUUUAUCUUCGUCCUCGGCGGCCUAUUCGGGAUAGCCGUCGCGGGCUUCUUUGCCGGGCGUUCCGACCUCAUCGAUUUCCCGGAAUUCGGAGAGCUGAGUAUGGAUAGCUUGAUCGAUGUGCUGCCCGCGGGCUUCAUCAGAGAUGCAAAAGAGAUUACGAAGGGGGAGAGGGAGGCGGUCAAUUAUGAUAGUUUUUCCGUGGGGCUGAAUCUGGUCGCGCAGGGUGUAAAGGCGAAGCAUCCCGUCAUUAUGGUGCCUGGGGUGAUAAGCACGGGCUUGGAGAGCUGGGGGACGACGAACAGCUCGAGACAGUAUUUCCGGAAGAGGCUUUGGGGGAGUUGGAGCAUGAUGCGGGCCCUGGUUACGGAUAAGGAGGGGUGGAAGAGGCAUCUCAUGUUGGAUAAAUACACUGGACUUGACCCUGAUGGUGGGAUCAAAUUGCGAGCAGCACAAGGGUUCGACGCCGCCGACUUUUUCAUUACGGGAUACUGGAUUUGGAGCAAGAUUCUGGAGAACUUGGCUACCAUUGGAUAUGAUCCGGAUAAUUCUUUUACGGCGUCUUACGACUGGAGGCUGUCGUAUAAGAAUUUGGAAGUCAGGGAUUCAUAUUUCACGAGGCUGAAAAUGUAUGUUGAGUUAGGGCACAAGACAUCAGGGAAGAAAGUUGUUCUUGUUUCCCAUUCGAUGGGUAGUCAGGUUCUGUUCUACUUUUUCCAUUGGGUUGCUUCUGCAGAGGGCGGCAAUGGAGGGGACGACUGGGUCGAUGAUCAUAUUGAGUCUUGGAUCAACAUAAGCGGGAGUAUGUUGGGAGCAUUGAAGGACAUCCCGGCUGUGCUUUCUGGUGAAAUGAAGGAUACUGCCCAACUCAACGCUUUUGCCGUUUACGGCUUGGAGAAAUUCUUGAGCAGGGAGGAACGCGCGGAGCUAUUUAGAGCUAUGCCAGGAAUCAGCAGUAUGUUGCCAAUCGGUGGUGAUGCUGUUUGGGGCAAUAUGACUUGGGCACCCGACGACACUCCGGGCCAGAAUGUCAGCUACGGGACAUUUCUGAAUUUCAAGCAUUACAACGGAUCGAGAGAAUAUCGUAACCUGACAGUGGAACAGAGUAUCUCCUAUCUCAUGAAUAACACGGAGAAAUGGUAUCAAGACCAAGUCCAAGGGAGCUACUCACGUGGGAUAGCGCUCACCACUGCAGAAGUAGAAGAAAACGAGAAAGACCAGAAGAAAUGGAUUAAUCCUCUCGAGACGAGACUCCCACUUGCUCCCAAUUUAAAGAUCUACUGUUUCUAUGGGAUCGGUAAACCAACCGAACGCUCCUACUUCUAUCGCAUGGGCAAAAACCCGCACUCAACCCUCAAUAUUACCAUCGACACCAACCUCUCUCAUGGGAAUAUUGAUCAUGGCGUCAUCCUCGGCGAAGGUGACGGUACAGUCCCCUUGCUCUCUACGGGCUAUAUGUGUAACAAAGGGUGGAGUAUCCACCGCUACAAUCCCGCGGGCGUGAAAAUCAAGGUGUAUGAAAUGCCGCAUGAGCCAGAUCGAUUCAGCCCGAGAGGUGGUCCGAAAACAGGCGAUCACGUCGAUAUCCUGGGACGACAGAGCUUGAAUGAUCUGAUCCUGAGGGUCGCGGCGGGCAAAGGAGAUGAGAUUGAGGAGUUCGUGCAGAGCAAUAUCAAAAAGUACGCCGAGAACGUGAAUAUUCACGAGGAGAAGGAGUAUCUGUGA